AAGAAAACUACGGUAACUGAAGGUAGGUUGCGCAAUUGCGAAAGAUGUCGUUUCAUGAAUUUAAUUCACUCACUGGUCGUUUAAAACAAUCCACGCAGCUUCAGUCUCUUAACCCACUACCACCUCGUCCACUGCAAAGCUCAGAAAUACCAGUCAUGAUUUACGAUUCAAUUAAAACUAAACCAUUAAAGGUAGCAACUCCCACAGAGAAUUAUUCCACAUUACCUCCAAGAAUGGCAGCACUGUACAAGAAAUAUCAGGCUGAUAUGACAAAACCUGUAUAUAGAAUGGGUGGGAAAAAGGAUAGAAUAUUGUAUGGUAUAAGUAUUAUAGGAGUUACAAUUGGUUUUGUAAUGAAUAUAUAUUAUUUGAAUAAGGGUGCAAAAAAAUAGAGCUGUAUAACAUUCUUAUGACAGAUAUAUGUAGGAUAAUAUUUAUAUAUAUGUUGUAACUGCA